GCAUUCGCAACACGUGUGGCUGGUUUGGCAAAUUUGUGAAAUUUCUGGGCUUACAGAUCUCAAUUUAAACUGCAUGUUCCACGAUGAAUGACGAUAGCCACAAGUACAGCGACGCCGAGGAGGACGAAGAGGAGCUGCGGAGUUCCGAAUGGGUAAACGACUUCAAGUCCCUCACAGUGAAACACGAAAUCUUCAAGGACAUCAAACUGACGCCCAAAGAGGCCAGCGAUGACUUGGCCCAAGUUAUAGAACCCGCCAACGAGGAGGAGGAUGAACCGGAAGACGAGGAGGCCGAGGAAUACGAUGAGGAGGACUACGACGAAGUGGGCGAUGACUACGAUACGUACGAGGAGGCCUACACGGGCUUCAACAAGCUCCAUGUCCAGCCACAGCUUACAAACGCCAGUGGAGGAGGCUCCGGCGGAGGGUCUGGAGGAUCAUCCGGUGGCACACAACGCGUCAGCAGUUACCAGCCCAAUGAUAAGCUGCUGCGCCGAUACUCCGCCCGCAUCAACGUGGAGAAGUACGAUCCCACCACCAAUAUGAGCGCCCAGGCCGCCAACCGGCUGGUGAACUUCGAUCGGCGAGAGAGGACACAGGUGCGCGACAAACACGACAGGGCCACCGCCGAACAGGUGAUGGAUCCUCGCACCCGGAUGAUUCUCUUCAAGCUGCUGAAUCGCGGCCUGAUACAGGAGAUCAACGGCUGCAUCUCCACUGGCAAGGAGGCGAACGUCUACCAUGCUGUUUCCAAGAACGGGGACGAGGAGUUUGCCAUCAAGAUUUACAAGACAUCCAUUCUGGUUUUCAAGGACCGCGACAAGUAUGUGUCCGGUGAGUUCCGCUUCCGGCACGGCUACUGCAAGCACAAUCCGCGCAAAAUGGUGCGUACCUGGGCGGAGAAGGAGAUGCGGAACUACCUACGGAUGCGUAACGCCGGCGUUCCAGUGCCAGAGCCGAUCCUGCUGCGCUCGCAUGUCCUGGUCAUGCGUUUCUGCGGUCGCGACGGAUGGCCCGCGCCAAAGCUGAAGGACGUCGAACUGAGCACUUCAAAGGCGCGCGAGUUGUACAGAGAUUGCGUGGUCAUCAUGUGGCGUAUUUACAACCAGUGUCGUCUGGUGCACGCGGAUCUUUCAGAGUUCAACAUCCUGCUGCAGGACGGUCAGCUGGUGAUUAUCGACGUGAGCCAGUCGGUGGAGCACGACCAUCCCCAUUCCUUCGACUUCCUGCGCAAGGAUUGCACCAACAUAUCGGAGUUUUUCCGUAAGCGGGCAGUUGCCACGAUGACCGUGAAGGAGCUGUUCGACUUCAUCACCGACCAGACCAUCACUGCGGAGAACAUGGAGGAGUGUCUGGAACGCAUCUCGGAGCGGAUUAAGGACCGUGACUUUGACGCCAUCUCAGCUCAGGAGAAGAUCGACGAGGCUGUGUGGCAGAACACCUACAUACCCAAGCGCCUGGACGAGGUUCGUCAUUUCGAGCGGGAUGUGGCCAAGGCCAAGCAGGGAGUGCAGCAAAAUCUCAUCUACGGCAAGAUCACAGGUCUGACAUCGGAUCUGGAUGUGCAGCAGCAGCCAGACGUCCUUGAAAAUACAACCGGCAAAGAGGAAGAGGGUAGUGAUGCCCAUACGAGCGGAAGCGAAGACGAGGAUUCGCAGGAUAACGACAACGAUGACGAUGCUAGUCGGUUCAAAAACUCUGCAAGACCGCGGGAGGAGUCUCCGGAGAGUAAAAAGGCUCGCAAGAAGGCCGUAAAGGAUGCCAAAGCCGAGCAGCGCAAAGUCAAAGUGAAAAAGCACGUGAAGAAACGCAAGGAGAAAAUGGGCAGUAUGAAGAAAUAAAACUGUAAAUAGUAAUAAUAUA